UCUUUUGAAUCGGUUGAUGCCGGGAUUCGAUUUUCUUUGGGCGAAAAUCUUGCACCGUUUGCAAUAUUCCUCUGAUUUGGAUUCCUGGGCGGCGGCGAUCCAGGCGGCGUCCAGAUUUCUCAAGAUUUUGCCGUAUUUCUUGGGGGCCGACCGCCUUGGAAUGGCCAUGUCUACAGUGGUCAAUUCGACACACAAUUUGGCCACGACAGUUGACCCGAGAAGCGCAACGGUGGCUCAGAGGUUCCUCGAGUUUAUAACCCAAAUGGUGACUAAAACGCACCCGAGACUCUUGCUCAACCGAUUAAACUACGUGUUGGAAUCAAUGCUGAUGAUCGCGGAGUCUGCGGUGGCCACGGUGAUCAGAGAGGGCGCAAUCAGAGUACUUAAAAAGAUCGACGAAUCGAACAGAAGGAUUAUGAGUCGUCAACUCGAAAGAUUGGAUCGUGUGAAUUUGGAUGGGUUUUUCUUCAGCCUGAUGAGGGUGCUUGUGGGGGCUGCAAAUGUCGAGAAAAACAAGAGCUCUGUUCUUGCGAAGUAUUUUAUAGACCGGCUUUCGACUAUGCACGGAGGGAAGAUUUUUGCGCGUCUUCUUCGGAAUCAGAUCCAAGUUUUUGCGGCGGCUCAGGAAUGGCAGAAACGCCAUGCAGGGCUUGUUACUAUUUGUGCCACGGCUGAUGCGUGUGAAGAGAACCCAGUGACGAACUUGUUGGAAUAAAACACGAGGAAUUUGGAAAUUUUAGUCACCAGAUCCACUCAACAACACCAAUGGCGGUUCUGGGUCCAAAUCCAAUCGUACACCAAUGGCGGUUCUGGUUCAUCGAAAGUGGCAAGUUAUGGGAAACCAUGUUGAGGAAUUGGCAACAAUAGUUCUGGAUGGCCUAGAAGAUCCUCACGAUCGAGUUCGUUGUGCUGCCACCGAUGCCAUUAAGGCACUCAGUGUGAACUUAGCACCUACAUUACAUGAGCAUUAUCAUCGCAGGAUUCUACGUCUGCUAACUGGAAUGCUUAAAGAAAAGAACGACACCAUAUGGGGGAAAGCCAUUCAAGCAAUUCGUUUCUUCAGCAAUGGCUGCACACCCGAUAAUUUAGAACCUUACUUGCCUCAGUUAGUGGAGGCACUGCUUGCACAUCUUAAGAACGGGAAUACAGCUGUACAAUGGGGGGUUUUGGCAGCUCUGGGAGGAGUUGCAACUUCGUCGGAGAACCGCUUUGAUAUUUACUAUCGCCACACUAUGGAUGCCAUUAAACUUAUCUUGUUCGGUGUGGCUAAUGCAUCUACGAAAUUGCUCCAUGCCCAUUGUCUGGAGUGCAUUAGUUGUAUUGCAAGUGUUGUUGGAAAGGAUAACUUUGCAAACGAUGCUAACGAGGUUAUGGGAGUUCUUAUCUCGCUGCUAGAAUUUCUGCUGGAGACAGACCACAUGGUAAAAGUUUCCAUCUUCCAGGUGUUGGCGAAACUCUGUAGGAUCCUAGGGGAAGACUUUUUAAUCUAUGUCAACGAUCUGAUGCCUAGCUUGAUUCAGUCUGCUCAGAAUAAAAUCAAUAAAGAAGACAACCGAAGGGAGAAAGCUUUGGCCUGUAAAUUGCUAUUCUGCUUCACUAGCCAGUUUAAGGGAAAGUUCUUGCCUUGGAUCAAACAGGUUACUCCGGUUUUGCGUCCACUUCUUCACUCAGAUCUACAUUUUGAAACUCGAAUGCAAGCUAUUUCAGCCAUGCCGGUCCUGUUGCGUUUAACUAUAUCUCAAGAAGUUAUUUUGGAAGAGAUCCAGGAGGAGCUUAUCUACUUUAUAACAGCAUUAGUAAGAAACUUGAAGGAAAAUGAUGCAGAAAUUUCUGCGAGAGUGUUAAAUUCUCUAAAAGAGUGCAUAAAGGUCUCUGGCCGCAUUUUGACUAAUAUACAUGUCAAGUUUGUUGUGGAUGAGAUACAGAAAAUCCUGAACGAAAACUCUUCAGAAAACGAAAUACAAGAAGCAGAAGGUUUUGAAAUUGGACCGCAGGAAGAAACCCGUAAUCGUGGUGAUGAUCAUAAAGUUAAUGCAAAAAUUGUUGUGUUUCUGUUCAACUAUUUUGUGCAACAAAGCCAAGAACCUGCUUCUAAAUAUUGUUCUACAUUCCUUCCAUUCCUCCUGAGAGCUUGCAAGGAUCAUGAUCCAUGUGUUAGACAGCAAGCUGUACGCGGAAUUGGUACUUGUGCAGAGUUUGGCGUUGAUGAAUUCAAACCUUUUGCUGAAGAGGCUGCCAAAAGUCUGGAUUCUGUGAUUAGACAUCCAGGCACGUCAAGCUCAAACAAUCCAACGGCACAUGUGAUUGUCGUGUCAUCCCUUGGGAGAAUAUGUGGGUCUUAUUUCAAGAGUAUUAAUGCUCCUCAGGUUGUUGGCAAAUGGUUGGACUUCUUACCACUGAAAAAUGACACCACUGAAGCCAAACUCGUACAUGCACGACUUUCUGCAAUGAUUGAAGAGUUUCACGACAUUCUUUUGGGCGUUAACGGUCAAUAUAAGUCUAGGAUUUUGGAGAUCUUUGCUCAGGUUGUAGCUGACGGUGAUAAUCUUGCAACAAGGAUACUGUUAACAGGAUGGUUGUUCAAUUAGUCCAGUGUAGCAGGCCAUGAACGCCUCUGCUGUACGUUCAGGUUCUACUUGGCAUUACAUCCACCCCGGCAUUUUUCCUUUUCUUUCCAGGCUGUUCUACUUAACAGGAUGGUUGGGAUACUGAGAUUUCUCUUGUAAAGUUGUGUGUUGUGAACUUGUAAUAUGUACAAGUCCCAUUCUUUUGUACAGCGUCUUUUCUUCGGCAUCAAUCCCGUAAUCUGGUUAUUCAGUUUUCUGUACAGAUGUCCUAUAGAGUUUCGUUUGUUAUGUUCUUGAGCUCUCGCUGAAUGUAAAAAGAGGUGAGGUUAAUGAUAUUGCACAUUUUUAAAAAAUACUCCCGUUUUCAGUAUACA